GCGGGGGGCGGGCCAGCUGUGGGCGGGGAUGGCUCGUAGUGCUGGGGCUGUGUGCUUUCGGGCGGCUGUGCUGAGUCCGGAGUGACGCUGCGGGUUGCGCGGUGCUGGCCUGGGAAUAGAUGAGUCCCGCCCUGGGCUUUGAGGAGGUGUUUUUCCUUGUGAAGAGCAGCUGCAACAUCACAAAGGUGUAGCGGGGCAGCUCCCGGCUGCUGGAUCCAUCUAACAACGCAGCGAGCUCCAGCAGGGAUCCCUCGGCUCUGAAGGAGCUAAAAACACCCGUCGAGGCCCGCCGUGAUGUUCCCUGCCUCGUUUGCCUUCCUGGCGGAGGAUAAAGAUUCCCUCUGCGGGCAUUAAAGCAGAGGAAAUGGAAGAAAGGAAAAUCAAGAGGAGAAGCCCCAAGUCAUCCACCGCCCACCCCGCUCAGGUGGCCAACUCCAAGAAGAGCUCCGUGCCGCUCAGCAAAAGCACCGCCUUCUCCAACCCCGCCCCGCAGCCGCCCGUUCAGAAACCAAAGCUCAAACGAGUAAUCAAAGAGAAAGCCAAACCUCCAGGAGGAGAAGCAAAAGGGGCGCAGGCAGCACCAAUCCAGCAUUCAUUCCUCACCGAUGUGUCAGAUGUCCAGGAAAUGGAAAGGGGACUUCUCAGCCUCCUCAAUGACUUCCACUCUGGCAAACUUCAAGCGUUCGGAAAUGAAUGUUCCAUAGAGCAAAUGGAGCACGUGCGGAGCAUGCAGGAGAAACUUGCCCGCCUCAAUCUGGAGCUCUAUGGGGAGCUGGAAGAACUCCCUGAAGAUAAGAAACUGGCCAGUGACUCCAAUCUGGAUAGGCUGCUGUCAGAUCUGGAAGAACUGAAUUCAUCUAUCCAAAAACUACAUUUAGCAGAUGCUCAAGAUAUUCCAAAUAGCACCACGGGCUGAAGAAACAGCUUUCUCAGUUUGGGUUCUCAUAUAAGCUUUUCUUUGGUUUGUUUGUUUGUUUUUCUUGCCACUGGAAUCGGCAUCUUUUAAUUAUUUAUUAUUUUACACAAGGAAGAAUCAAAGGUGCAAAUCCAGGUUUUUACUUUUGCACAUUCCUCUGCGUGCUGCAUUAUGUCAGGACUCGGUCUUGAGAGAUUUAAGCAGGCUGCAGUGAUGGUACGCUUUAUAUCAUUGCCUUAUUUAAUAGGAAGACACUGGGGAAACACGGCAGUAAAUUUAUUCUGCUGCAUCGUUCAUCUCGUUGCAAAUGAUGUCUAAGUUCCUUAGCAUUUCUCCAAACUCUGUGAAGGUAAAUGCUGUCAUUGCCUUUCUGAUCAGUUCGUAGACAAUCUGCACACUGGCUUUAGUGUGUUUUGUUGACCAGUGCUGCCACUGAGAUUUUAUUGUUAAUAAAGACAUUUUAACAGAUAUAUAACAUUUUAUUUAGAGAAGUUAUCUAUUCAGCUGUGUUAAGAAAGAGUUCUUGCAUGGUCUGAAUAUUUGCAGGGUUUACUUUUUUCCUUACUGUGAAUAAUUAUUGUUAGUUCUGUCGCUAAACGGAACUGGCGUGCAUGCUACAAGUACAUAGAAUUAAGUUCUGUGACAUUCAGAAAUUCAACAAGAUCACUGCUCAAUAAAUCUGUUAUAUGGAA